AUGGGUCGGAAAGAGAUAAACUGCAGCUGGAAAAAGAUCACAAACAACAUCAAAGAUGUAUUUGACUUUAAGGAAGUACUUGGAUCGGGCUCCUUUUCUGAAGUUUACCUGGUAAGGGAAAAGGCAACAGGGAAGUUUUAUGCCCUGAAGUGCGUGAAGAAAAAACAGCUUCACCAUAGCAACCUGCAGAAUGAGAUUUCAGUGCUUAAGAGUAUAAAGCAUGAAAACGUGGUGGGAUUGGAGGACUUCUAUGAAACUCGGACACAUUACUACCUUGUCAUGGAGCUUGUUUCAGGAGGUGAACUUUUUGACCGUAUCAUAGAUCGGGGUGUGUACACAGAAAAAGACGCAAGUAGAGUGAUCAGACAAGUUCUAGAGGCUGUGAGCUACCUGCACAAAAACAGCAUAGUGCACAGGGACCUGAAGCCGGAGAACCUGCUUUACUACAGUCAAGAUGAGAAUGCCAAGAUCAUGAUCAGUGAUUUUGGACUGUCCAAGAUGUCUGAACACGGUGUUAUGUCCACUGCCUGUGGGACUCCAGGAUAUGUUGCUCCCGAGGUCCUUGCUCAGAAGCCCUACAGUAAAGCAGUAGACUGCUGGUCCAUUGGUGUCAUCACCUACAUCCUACUCAGCGGUUAUCCGCCUUUCUAUGAGGAAAACGAGACACGGCUUUACUCCAAGAUCAUGAAGGCGGAAUACGCAUUCCAUUCUCCCUAUUGGAAUGAUAUUUCAGAUUCCGCAAAAGAUUUUAUCCGAAACAUGUUGGAGAAGAACCCCAAAAAGCGCUUCACCACCGAGCAAGCUCUGAGACACCCCUGGAUAAUUGGUGAAACAGCUGGAGCUCAAAAUAUCUACCAUUCAGUCUGUGAACAAAUCCAAAAGAACUUUGCCAAAUCAAAGUGGAAGAAAGCUUAUAAUGUCACUUUGGCUAUCAGCCAUAUGAAGAAACUGCAGCUGACAAACGGUGAGCCAUCCAUCCCCCAGCCCGUGCCGCAGAUUGAAGUGGUGGAUGUUUCAUCUCCAGGACCUCCCGUUGAUGGUCUUGACUCUGACUGUCACAUGGACACCAAUGGAAAUCCAAAACAGACCCUUUGCCCUCACGGUGAGGGUAAACGAGGUCCAUGCUCCCUGAAAGCCAGCGACACUGAACCCAUACACGCUCUUGUCGUCACCGAAAAAGGCAAACACGCCUAUCACUCGGAGUCCGACCUCCCUAGUUGCUCGGCCGACGGUGUUCAGGGUGUGUCCCAAGGAACUAACAAGUACGGCCAGCCCUUGCAGACUGGAGUGUGCUCCGUGAUGUGA